GUUUCCGGUGUUGAGACUCGAAAUGAAUCAAACGAUGCAGAUGCUUUGGUUUCGUUUAAUUGUUUCUCCAAUUUCGAUCCAGUUUGUUGAUUAUCAUUCUGAUUCCCUGAUUGUGGUAACGUUAAUCGCGGUUGAUUUAAUGAUACAGCCUCAGAAAUGGACAAAGACCAAGCCAAAGAAACUUUAAAUUGUGAAAACAUUGGAAACAAAUAUUAGGAAAACAAUUAACCACUAAAAAAGAGAUACAAUUUAAUCACAAUUACCUGUUAAAACAGUUAUACACGAGUUGAUGUUCAUCGUAACAAUUAAAAUUUCCAAUAUUUCAAAUCGCAAAGGAAUCACUUUGGUCAAUCUAUGUUGUUGAUUGUUGGCUAUUCAACUACAAUUUAACUUUUUCCUCUUGAUUGUGAUUCAUUUUAUAUACUCAGCAAUUGGUCAGAAAGAAUCAAAUUAAAGGAGGAUUCAAGAUGAAUCAAUCAAAGGUCAAUUAUGGUUAAUCAAUAUCUUAAUUAACCUUUUACCAAAUAAUCAAAGACAAAGUCAAGUUUUCAAUUGAUGGAAAAAGUUUUCUUAAUUGUUUACAAUUAAACGAGAAAACUAAUCAACAAAUUUAUUGGGCUGAACCGAGAAAAAUGAUUUACUUAAAAUCAUAUUGUUUUCAAUCAAUUGUUGAUUCUAAUUGUUGAGUGAAAGUGAAACUCAAGCUGAGUUAUUGUUAAUUAACUUUUCCUAUUUUGAUAAUUAACCAAAUCAGUUGAUAAUCAAAUCGAUGGUAGUUAAUUAUUUCCGUUGUAUUGGAAAUAUUAAUUUGAUUGACCUGAUAACCUUGCUGAUGAUUAAUUAAACUAGAAAACAAUUAACCCCAUUGAAAAUCAGUGAAAUUUAAAGAUGAUAAUUUAUCACAAUUAAGGAGAAAGGUCAAUGAUUGACAAUCUAAUUGUCACUUACCAGACAAAUUGAUCAUUUAAUUUAAGACCAUAAUUUAGGCAAAGCAAUUAACUUGCGACUAAAUUUAAUUGCUGUUAAAAAAAGGUUUAUUUUAAACACAAUUUAAUUUCAUGUAAUUAAGUGUUUACCGUUAUAAUUAACAACAAUUUCUUGCAAAAAUGAUCAAUCAAUUAAAUUGCAAGCCAAGAUAUUUAAACUAAUUGUUAGACAGAAAAUAAUCAAUGACAAACAAUUUAAAUCAAUUACAAUAAUCAUCGAUUGGAAACUAAUAGCAAACAAUUUAAAUUAUUAAUAUCUAAUUGUCACUGAUUCUCAUCAUAAAUUAUUUGAUAAAUAUUAACUAUUAAUCCAUUGAUUGUUGAUUAAAUUUUCAUUCUUAAUCAUAAUUAACUUGAUUAAUGAUUCCUUUCAAUUAUUUGAUUACAAUUUUCAUAUUUCAUGGUGAUUAACUUGUGCCUCUUGAUUAACUAAGUUGCAAAUCAAAUUGUGUUAUAAUUUAAUCAACAAUUAACAAAUUCAAGAGUUAAUUUUGUACCUUUAAUUGUAACUAAAUCAGUUGAUUGUUGGAUUAAAAAACUAAAGUUUUCCCAAAGUUUAACACCUUUUAAAUUGCUGGUUUACAAUUUAAGCUCCAGUGAUUAAGCCUUUAAUCAUAUUAUUAAAAUGAUUAUUGUGUUGAUUAAAGUGUUAAUCAUGAUCCCGAUGAUUAUGAUCACUUUUUUAAUUGUUACUAUUAAAUAAAGAUUCAAAUGUGAUAAUCAUUAUAAAAGUGAUAAUAAUAGUUACGAUAACGAAAUAUUUAGAUUUCUGAUUUGAAUUCAAUCAACCAGUUAACUUAAUUGUUGUUAAAUUGUUAAGAGACCAAAAUCAGUUUCUAUUGAUAAUCUUAAUCAUAAUAAUCUAAAUUGUAAUUAACUUGAAUACAUUAAUCACUUUCAUCUCAUCUUCCGCACUUGAACUUGACUAUUAAAUUAUUUUCGGUGAAAGUUAAAACAUUAAAUUGUUAAUCGUUAAUCACAAACCUUAAUCACACAAUUAACUCAGGCCAUCCAACCUUAGAUAACAAUAAUAAUCAAGAAAGCAAAAAGUUCAAUUCUUUAAUUGUUACAACUUAAUUGUAGCUUCAUCUUAUUAUUAUUGUUGUUUGUUUUUGGUUAAUUUUUUCACUUUGAUUCAUUACAAUUUAUUAAUUGUCUUGUUCAUUGUUGAGAUUGAUUUUAACAAAACUGAUCUUGUUUCAACUGUCAACAAUUUAAUCAAUCAUUGUGAUCUUGAUUAUCAACAUCAAAUUAAUCAAUUGAGCUCAAGUAAAAAUAAUCAAGAUAAAUUUCAAGAAUCAGUGAUUAACGUGAUUGUUUUUGAUUAACCAUGAAAAAAGGAUUUGAUAAUCAACCAACAAUCAAAUAAUUACUUAAUAAUAACAAUCAAAAAGUUGUGUAACAAAAAUCAUAACUUAAUUGAACAAUAAAUCAACAAUUAAAUGGAUACCCAAUGAGUUAAAAUUACUCAACAAAAUUUAACAUAACAAUCAAAGUAAAUUUACUAAUUACUAAUUCCAAUGAGUUGAUUGUUGUCACCACAAUCAAAGUUAAUCGUUUCAACCAUACAAGACUCUAAAUCGUCCCGAAACUGACCAAAUCAUUGAAUCCUCUCAACAAUUAGUAGAUUAUCUUGAUCACAAUUUAACGACCAUCAUGAUGGUGAUCAUUUACCACUACAAUUUAAAUUGCUUCUGAUAAUCUACAAUAUGAUUUGUCAUCGUAAUUCAACCAACCGUUAAUCGAAACGACCGUCACCCUGGGUUGGUGUACCCACCUUCAAACCCACUUCUUAUCGUCAUCCUCAUCAUCCUCAUCAUCUUCAUCAUCUUCAUCACCAUCUCUUACGAUUGAGAAUCAUCAUUUAACUGUAAUCACUUAAUCGGUAAACUUCAUCUUCAAUGGAUCCAAACUGAAUUUAACUGAUUGUUGAAAGUCAACUUGAAACAAUCUAAUUUUUUUUUCGUUAACUUUUUGUAUUCUCGAUUCUCAUCUUAAUCACUAUCAUCAUCAUCUAAUUUUUUUUCUCUCUCUCUCAUAAAUUGUCAAAGAUUAAGGUUAUGUGAGAAAAUUAAAUUGUUAACAAUUUAAUGUGUUUGUUUUGUUUUGUUUGUGAUUUACCAUCAAAACUAAUCAACUGAAUUGUGUUUCUGUUGAUUGGACAAAUUUUGUGCUUUUUAAUUGUUCAUCUUUCUAACUUUUUCUCUGUCCAUUGAUUUACCUGAUUAUGGAUUUACUAAUUGUCUCCAUCUAUUUUUAUGUCAACUUAAUUGUUUACUGUUGAUUGUUAACUGUGAAUUUGGGAGGCAAAAAAUAAUACAGACAAUUUGUUUUUCGUUGAUCAAUUUUAUUUAAUCAAUAACGAUGAUCGCUAAUCCUGAUCUUAAGACUUUAAUUGGACUAAUCCCUUUAUUAGCGUUUUUUGGACCAACAAUCGACGAUCGUUCCGAUAAUAGUAAAUCAUCAUCACUUUUAUCCCGAAAAAAUUGGGAAAAGGAAUAUGAUUAUAUCAUUGUUGGCGGUGGAACUGCUGGUUCAGUAUUGGCGAGGAGAUUAUCAGAUAAUCCUGAACAUCGAGUUCUGUUAAUUGAAGCCGGGGGAAUGGAAAACAUCAUGCAUGAGAUUCCAUUAGCAUGGUGGACAUUGAAAAAAUCUGAAUACGAUUGGAAUUACCGAACGGAAGCUCAAGAAGUGGCCUGUUUUGGUUACGACGAUAAGCGGCUUGUUUGGCCUCAGGGCAAAGUUCUUGGCGGAAGUAGUUCAAUGAGUAAUAUGAUUUACGUCCGAGGAAAUUGCCUCGAUUUUGAUGGUUGGCUUAAAGAUGGAGCACUCGGCUGGAGUUGGGAUGAAGUUUAUCCCUAUUUCCUCAAGUCGGAAGAUAAUUUGGACAUUGAAAUUGCCUUUAAUGGUUAUCAUAGGCAAGGGGGUCUAAUGGGAAUCUCCAAGUCCCCGUUCACCUCUGAUCUUGGACGGACUUGGCUCCAAGCGGGUUUAAGUUUGGGCUACCGAUCAACUGAUUGUAACAGUCAGAAACAAUCAGGUUUUUCGAUUCCUCAAGGUUUCGUUAAAAAAGGAGGCCGUUCGAGCGCUUAUAAAUCAUUCAUCGAACCAAUUAAAGAUCGUAACAAUUUACAUAUUAUGUUACAUUCUCGUGUUACAAGGGUUCUUUUCGGAGAUAAUAAAAGAGCCGUUGGUGUACAAUUUGAUCGCGAUUCAUUAUCGUUCGUGGUCUAUGCUAAAUCAGAGAUUAUCUUAACUGCGGGAACAAUUAGUACACCUCAUUUGUUGAUGGUCUCUGGUGUUGGUCCAGCUGAUCAUUUAGAAGCCCUCAAGAUUCCAGUGGUCGCUGAUUUACCUGUUGGUGAAAAUCUUCAUGAUCACCCUGUUACCGGUGGGAUCACGUUCUCGGUGGCCAAAGUGAAGACUCUCAAGAUUGAUGAGAUUUUCAGUCCUCAAAAUUUUCUCCGUUAUUUGGUCUCAGGUUCGGGUCCGUUGACUUCUUUCGGUGGGAUUGAAGGUGUCGCUUUUAUGUCGUCCAAGUAUUCAAAUAGUUCACUUGAUUGGCCCGACAUUGAAUUACUUUUAGUUAACGGUGAUUUACAGGAUGGAUCCAGGGGAAUGACAAUUAAACUGAAAGAUUUGUACAAUACGACAAAGUCGAUGGACACUUUUACCAUAUUACCGGUUAUCCUAAGGCCAAAAUCUCGUGGAUGGAUUAGACUGAAAACUGCUAAUCCAGUUGAUUAUCCUUUAAUUGAUCCACUUUAUCUAACUCACCCUGAUGAUAUCAUGGUGAUGGUUGAAGCAAUUAAAUCAGCUCUCGCUGUUGGCACAUCAAAACCUUACAAAGAGAUUGACUCUUCAUUAGUACCAUUGAUGAUACCGAGUUGUGACCAUUACGAUUGGUUAUCUGACCAAUAUUUGGCCUGUUGGGCUCGAGUGAUGACCGGUACCAUGGGAGACGCUGUUGGAACUUGUAAAAUGGGUCCACCUUGGGAUAAAUCAUCUGUCGUUGAUCCAGAAUUGCGAUUACUUGGUGGGAUUAGCGGAUUAAGAGUUGCCGAUGCCUCGAUUAUGCCAAAAAUUAUCUCCGGGAAUAUUAAUGCCGCUGUUAUUAUGAUCGCUGAAAAAGCGGCCGAUAUGAUUGUCGGUAAAAAAUUGGAAGCAUUUUCAGGUCCAAUUCCACCCGAUUAUUCAUUAUUGAAACAGUUAAAUCGAAACUAAAUCAAUCAGAUAAAAUGGUUCGGUUGAUUCGAUUCUCUUUGUAUUAUAAUCUUUUGUUCAUCUAUCGCUAAUUGUUAUUUUACUUUUAAUUUGGACAACUAAUUAAAUCGUUUUUGUUCAACUAGAAAAAAAUUAGUUAAAAAAUUUAAGUUAAUUAAAAUCACCUUAAGCUUGGAGAGAGUCAAGACAAAAUGGUUACAAUGGUUUAUUGUGAGUUCGAUGUGAAUUGUUAACUUAAUUUGGCUUAGAAUUAAAAAGGAACCAAAAUUUGAGGCUCAUGCGUAGAAGGCCAAAAUUAAAGGUUCCACCGAGAUUUGAACUCGGAUCGCAGGAUUCAGAGUCCUGAGUGCUAACCAUUACACCAUGGAACCAAAUGUUAAGGGAAGAGGAAAUUUUUUGGUGGUAACCUUGUUGACCAAUUGGAAUUAGUUGAGAAAUUAGUUUGAUUAGUUCAAAUUAAAAAUAAUUAAGUUUUCACUCUGUUUAAUUGUUUCCUUGUUUGUCUUAGCUCUUUCUCUAAUUCAUUGAUUCGAGAAAAAUCUGACCUAAGAUCAGAUGUCACCAUGAGGCUUGAUGAAUUGUAGUAAUUGUAAAGAUUGUUACUAUUAUCGUUAAUAUUAUCGGUAAUUUCUGAAUUUAUUGAUUGGUUGAUUAUUUAAUUAGUUACAAACCUUUUUAAAUGUUAAAUGUUCAAUCAAAUGGAUUGAUUACCAAUGGAAAAGAUGAUUGGGAAAAUUGAUUAACAAUUAACGUUUUUGGUUAUUAACAAUUUAACCUAAUCACAUGUUAAUUUAAUCAAUGAAUGGACAAUUUAUUUAGUUACAAGGAUUGAAAUUGACUUGACAAGUGAUUCCGAUUAUUAAUAGAUCUCAUGGCCAUUCAUUAAUCAACUGACAAUUGUUAAACCGAUUCGAUUGAUCAAUAUUUUAAAAUCAUAAUUGUACUUACUUUAAAUCUUAAGUCACAGAUGACAAUUAAU